UGGACUUCAUAUUGGAACGUAUCCCAUAGACGGAACUGCUCUUUCUACCCGGAGCUGUUCCUCCACUGCACUGCUCACCCAGUGACAGCUCCAGGCAGAGAUGUUAUCCGCUAUCCGUUGUUAUUUUCUACCAAUUAUCAAACUUUACCUGCUUGCUUUGAAGGUCCUGCUGGUUCAGCUGCUCAGCAGACCUUUCAGGCUGCCAGUGAUGCCCAGACAAGAUGGCAAGGUUGCCAUAGUGACAGGAGGAGACAGGGGAAUCGGCUAUGAGGUAGUCCGUCACAUGGCCAGGCUGGGGGCGCAUGUUAUCAUAGGUGGGAGGGAUGAGCAGGAGGGUCUGGCGGCCGUCAGAAGGAUCUGUGAAGAGUACAAAGAGGCCAAAG